GCGGAGUUCACCGGCGGUGCAGUGUAUUCAACCCCAGAGUCCACUGCAGCAGGAAAGAACUUCCAGCAAAAACUCCUCAGCAAGUCAUAUUGCUUCAGGCUAAGGAGGUGUCAAAGCAGAGAGUGGGAUGUCGGAGCUGAGUGAUGAAGCCAGUGAGUCGGAGCUGCUGAGCCGCAGUCUUUCCAUGUGGCAUGGAGUUGGUCAGAUGAUCUGUCGGGAAGAGCUGGAUGUUCCCCUGGACUUGCACACGGCCUCCUCCGUCGGCCAGUAUGAAGUGGUGCAGGAGUGUAUUCAGCGUGGAGAUCUGGAUUUAAAUAAGAGGAAUUGUGGUGGUUGGACUCCACUGAUGUAUGCCUCCUACAUUGGUCAUGACACCAUUGUGCACCUGCUGCUGGAAGCAGGAGUGAAUGUGAAUAUCCCAACACCAGAAGGGCAGACACCACUCAUGCUGGCCUCCAGCUGUGGAAAUGAAAGUGUUGCUUACUUUCUUCUACAGCAAGGUGCAGAGCUGGAGAUGAAGGACAUUCAUGGUUGGACUGCCUUAUUUCACUGCACCAGCGCUGGACAUCAGCAGAUGGUCAAGUUCUUACUGGACAAUGGGGCAAAUGCCAACUGCAAGGAGCCUCUGUAUGGAUAUACUCCUCUGAUGGAAGCAGCUGCUUCUGGCCAUGAGAUAAUCGUUCAGUACCUUCUCAAUCAUGGAGUGAAGAUGGAUGUCAGAGAUAACACUGGAGCCACAGCACGGACGCUGGCCAUGAAGUAUGGACAUACAAAGAUUGUGGGGCUGAUAGAUUUGCAUGCAGCCCCAGUGCCCAAGGUCUUCUGCAGGGGUCCAGGAAAAUAUGAAGAGCUGAGUUCCUCGGAUGAAUCAUCUUCUGCUCCUCAGAGACAGCGACCUGUUCGUAGGACCAAGGGUCCCAGCAUCCAUGAUGGGCCUCAGGCUUUGGCGAAGAUAACAGCGGUUGGAAUCGGGGGAAAGAAGCAGUCUCACUAUGAGCAGGUCCCUCCUCAAGGCUAUGUUACCUUCAAUGAUGAUGGCAGCUGUGAAGCAGAUGAUAUCCGGAACCGGGAUGUUACGUCUCCAAUUAAUGAGCAGGAUGUGGAAAGCAGCAGCAGCAGGGAGGAUAACAUUUCCCUCACCAACAACUUAGCAACUGUCAGGAGCAGCAGCAGCAGCAGUGAAUGCCUGACCAAAGCCCUGGGGGUCAGCAGUGAAGGCUCCUUGGAAAGCAAUGAGGAUUCUGACCAUGGAAACAGUCCCCCUAGUCGGAAACAAGCCAAGAGCUUUAAGAUCAAGAAUCGCUACAGCAACAGUGAUAGCCAGUGGACCCACUGCCCAGGGAAAGCUGGGAGCUCUAGUCAGCACCUAACCCUUCCUGAGCCCCCUGUCUAUACAGGGCCCCAGGACCUGGCAACAUUCCUUGAGCAGAUUGGGUGCCUGAAGUAUCUGCAAGUGUUUGAGGAGCAAGAUGUUGACCUCCGGAUCUUCCUGACCCUCACAGAGAGUGAUCUGAAGGAAAUAGGCAUCACUCUGUUCGGACCCAAGAGGAAGAUGACUUCUGCCAUUGCCCGGUGGCACAGCAACGCUUGGCCGCCUGGUGAUGCCCUGGAGCUGGCUUACGCAGAUCGGCUGGAGGCUGAGAUGCAGGAGUUGGCCAUUCAGCUGCACAAGAGGUGUGAAGAGGUGGAGGUGAUGAAGGGCCAGGUGUGCCAGGAACAGAAGCUGCGUGCAGUGGCUGAGAGUUGUUUAAUGGAGCGGGAUGAGACCUGGAAUGCUAUCCAGUGCCAGCUCAGAGAGGCGCAGGCCAUCACCAAGGAUGCUGGAGUCUUACUGGAUCAGAUCAAAUCCUGUCAGGCAGAGCUGUCCUCCCGGCUAAACCAACAGUUGGCAGUCAGCAGAGCGCUGGACACAAAGGUGCAGCUGGGAACCAGUGAGAGCCAGCGGCCUGGUGAGCGUCCAGUACUGGAAGGAUGGCCACCUUCCUUGAAGUCUCUGAGCUUGCCUGAGCUGUCAGCUGUCCUAGAGGAGUGCGUGGGAGAAAUGGGAAAAGCUCUACAGACUGUGACUCAAAACCUCCAAAGGCUCCAAGCCCCGGGUCAGAGCGGGCAGAGCUGGCUAGAGCCAUAACAAAGCAGGAGGGAAUACUGACGUCGGGUGACUGUUCCACCCGGAAGCUGAGUGUGCCUGGGAGAAUGAGCGCGAGGGCCAUGCCAGUAGCACUGCAGCUCUGCUGAGAGUGCCACAGCAGCUGGUGGAUGCGUGGAAGGAGGUGUCAGCCAUCAGAGAACGUGCCUGGGAGAAUGAGGGACAGCAGAAGACAAUAACCCAGCAGCUCUUUGGGUCUGACUGUUGCCUGGGUUUCCAGGAUCACUGUUGUUCACACCAAAAGGUUAGGUUAAGAGGAGAAGCACCGAGCCCAAAAGGCUUAUGUGCCUCACGCUUCCUGCAGCCCUUGUCAUUCAGGCUGGUGUGGUGUUAGAAAGUUGACAGUUACCCACAGCAAACAAUUAUCCUGUCCUCCCCAAGGCCUCUGAUACUUGCCCUGGUCCCUUCUAUGCCUGCUCAGGAGCUGACCCAGAAAAUCUUUCUGAGCCAAUAAGGAAGGCAGGUUUGUUGUGGAUGGGUGAAGUGGGUAGAGUUCGUAAUGUUUGGCUUAUUGAGCUGCAGCUAAACUCAUACAGCCCUAACCUCUAGGAGGAAUGUCUGCCCUACUGCCAUCCCAAAUCUGUGCUUCAAGUCUUCUCUCUCCAACCAGCCCACUCUGGUUCGGUUCAGAUCCUUGCCCCCCUUGGGUUGUUUGUGAUCAUGUUAUUCAGUCCCAAGGAACUUGUAUUUGUGGUAAAUGCUUUAUGGCAGAGACUGUCUCUGGUUUGUCAGUGCCAAGAUCCCAACACUGACAGUGGUUGCAAGGCAGAUCCUCCCCUGGAAGAGAGGAGGAAGAGCUUGAGACUGUUCAGUUUCUUCUGCCUCUGGCAAGGAGCAGAGUGCCAAGGCAGGCAGAACAAGAACUGAGGGAUAGACCUGUCCUAUGUGGAAGAUGGGUAAAAUAAAUCACAUCGUAGAUGUAGCUGUGGUGCAGAGCUUUUUCGUCCUCAACCGCUGCCUGCCUCUGUUUUCCAGGCUUUAGUGUUUGGAAGUAGUUCUGCCAAGGCAUUCUUGUGCUGGCAGUGUGGGUGUUUUCAAAGGGCAGACAAAUGGUGCAGGAAGAAGGUGCCUCCCCAGAGAGACCACUCCAUCUCUUGGAGCUGGGUGAGCAGCCUCAAGGGCUCUGACAGUUACGUUGAUGUAGAAUGGCUUCCAGUGACUCUCUGUUGCUGUGUAUGGCUGAGACCUGUGGGGUGGAAAAAAAAAAAACCCAAACCCCAAAAAACAAAGCCUGAAGUCUGUGAGUGAUGGCCUUGAUGAGUCUGGAAAAGUGUUAUUCUCUUUGCUGGGAAGGGAGAGAAACUGUGUGUUUCUUAAUUUUUUUGGACCUUGGUCACAGAUGCCAAAAAUACAAAAAUCCAUUCUGGCUUAGUCCUUUGAGCGAGUCACUCCUGAUCAGCUGCCUGGGACCAUGUAGGCAGGCUUGAAAGCUAGUCUGCAUUUGGCAAAGGUAACAUCGAGCUUGACUGUCCCACUGAAAUGGUGUAUCUGUGCUGCUGGGGGACAGUCCUGGGGUGCUGAGGCAGGUAUGGCCCACCCUGCUGGCAGUUUGUGCUUGGCAGCAUGCUCAGCUGUGGGGUACUGCUUUCUACUCAUGUUUAACUCUUAAACCUAACAUGGUACACUAUUUUUGUCAUCUUUAGCAAAUGAUACGGGUGCAUGGAUGUGGGCAUCUGGUGCUAGCUGCGCAGCUGGCAGUGGGACAAGUUGGCAGGAGAUCUUACCCUGAAGAGUUAUUUUGAUGAGGUGGAGACAGUUCUAAAGUAGGAUCCCUGAAAACUCAGAGUAUUGAGGAAGAGUACUCUGGGCUUUGUCCUUCAUCUCCCUGUUGCUGGAGGACAGUGGGGGAGUACCAAGGCAGGUUGCAUUGCCCUAUCCCUAGCCUUGGUGGUGUCUGGCUGCACUGCCACAGGGUUGUCAGUGCUGUGUCCCUGAGAAGCCCAGACUUCAGUUUAAGGCACGAUGUCUGUGGGGACAGGGAAAAGUUUUCAUAGAAGAAAACAAAACAAGCCAUGAAAAUACAACCCCAAAAACCCCUGAAACCCAAGUGAAAGGGUCUGGGAGCAUCUGGAGAGCAAGGGAAGCCCUGGCUCUGCAAUGCCUUCAGAGCUGGGUAGGCUGUGCAGGAAAGCAGGUGGCUGGAAGGAGAGACUACACAGAGUUGGGGCUGGCUUUGCUAGGUUGUAGGGUGGAACAAAGCGGGUUUGGGGGGGGACAAGAUGGUAUGUACAAUAGCUUGUAAUGCUUGGGGUCCUGGGAAAAGGGGUAGGUGAGAGAUGGAGCAGGGUAUAUGUGAAGGAAAAGGAGAGCCCCCCUGAAAGAGCCCAGAUAUAAAGGCUUAAAGGGGUGCUAGAGUAGCCCAAGUAGGACACCAAGGGCGGGGGGUUGUUAUAGAAUAGUGUUUCCCUGAGGAGGCAAUCCCUUUAAAGUCCUCCAUUUAACAGCAUUCAUUGCUGAAAGUGUGGUUGUGCAGGGAGUCUGGUGCUGUCCCAGUAAAACAGUAUUUGCUGACUUGGAUAAAACAAUAAAAACUGAAAACCUGCUUCUGGUGUGUGGGUUUCUCUGGAGGGAGCUGGAGUUGUAGAAUCAUGAAUAACCUCACUGAUUUAUUUCAGGACAAUCAGGAAUACGUAGACUGCUUUCCAGCUUCCCAGGUGGUUGCAUGCUGAGGGACCUAGGCCUGCCUUAUCCACAGCUUCACAGCCCUGCUAGGCUCCUGUUGGAGGUGACACCCUUGCAGCACUAGCUGGGUAUGUGAUGUGGGAAUUCAGGUGAUCAGGCAGUGCUGGAGCUGCAGAGGAAGAGCAUGCAUAGAUAACAAAGUGUAUUCUCUGAGGCCUCAGUGCUCUCCUUCCCAGCUGGGGAGUGCCUGUUGCAUAACAAAAACUGUCUCUGCACUAAUUCAGAAAUGAGAUUAGGCUUUACUGAGUUGUGCUGGUAUUUUCCUCUCAGGACAAGGUACUGAUCUUGUGCCCAGCUCUGGACUGAAACUGAGCUGUUGAUAUGACUGCACUCUUCUAAACCUUCAGCCAACCUCUCACCUGUCACCAAAGACAGGCAGUCAAGAGGACUGCAUUCAGCAGCCAUCACAAUGUGUUAAAUAGGGCAACAUAAAAAUCUUUCUGGUCAAAACUAAAGGUCUCUGUAUCUCAACAUAAAUGAAGCUGAGUUGGGGUUUGCACUGGUGGGAGUGGAGCAGUCACUCUUGGGUCCCUGCCAUCUCAGUCCUGUGUCCUCCAGCAGCAGUGGGCCAGUGUGUGCCUAGGACUUUCUGUCUCCACACCCAGUUUUGAAACUGCCAGGAGGGAACAGGUAAGAGCUCCCCUUUCAUGCUGUGAAGCACAGGUGAGACUAGCCUGGAUCUGGAGAAUAGGGCCAGCUUUUCCCUCUGGAGGGAGUGUGGCCUCAUCCAGUUUUGGUAUCAGCUCCCACAGCAGUCCCCCAAGCUUACCCAUGGGUGCUAGGCUGCUGGAACCCGCAGCACCCAGCAAAGAGCAGAGGCGACUGCAGACAGCAAUCCAACUCCUGUCCAGGACCAGCUACCUGCUCCCUGUGCCUGUGUGCAACUGCUCUGCUGGUACCAGGGCUGGUCUGUGAUUUGGGUCACUGUUUCUCUUUAGCAUGAUUGUGAUAAGUGUGUUAUUUUGCUGCUUUCUUCUUUGUGUAACCUGUAAUGUAAUCCUAGGGAGGGAAAACACAGUGCUAUCUGAGCCAGGGUCUCUGGGUACCUGUUUAAUACCCCUCUAAGCGGUAGUGUCUGUCCUCAUGUGCAAAUUAGUACCCUCACAUAUGCAGCCUGAAAGCCAUUUCCCUCCCUCAGAGCAGACAGAGACAGUAUGCUCUCAUUGCUGAAAAAUAAAUGUUUAUUUACAUCUGAA